AUGGAGGCUCAAAGUACUAUAAGACCAGCUCCUGGAGCUGGGGUUGAGGAGAUCAAUCCGGCUCCCAUCAAGCGUUCCAGCUUUGUUUUGCCGACUGUGUCUAAAGUAUUGUCUGACCUGCCUCAGUCUUCCUCAUCAUUGUCUGACCGAGGCUCUGAACCGUGCAGCUUGCAAGAUCAACAGAAGAUGUUUCGAGCUCUACGGUCGAUCAUUGAAAACGCCGAGGCCGUGUCAGAACCGGCAAAUAGCUUCGAUCUGAAAGAACUUCAUGCUUCUUUGGAACAGGCCGAUGAGGAUGCUCGUCGGGGCCGAAGAGAUCCAGAGACUUUGCAAAGUGUACUGGAGAUACUUCACAAGCUUUGGACGUCGGACUCUGAAUACCUUGCUCUAGUAGCAGAGAUUCUGGCUAAUGGAAGCCGCGACGCUUCAUGGCGGGUACCAAUCGGGCGAUCUGGAAUCCUGAAGUUCUUCUUGGAUCUUGUAUCGUCCACUUUGAAGGUGGAUAUCAAGCUGCUGCUGCAUUCAUUGCGGUUGAUUGGGAAUUCAUGCGCGGAUACGAAUGAGAAUCGGCAAAUUGUUGUCGACGGGAGGUACACUUCUGCUAUCAUCGGACAUUUCCUCAACCCUGAACUGGUUCACGUGGCGAUUCCUGUCAUAUACAACAUUUGCAUGGACUUCGAGCCUGCGCACGCUCAAAUAGCUGAAAAUCGAGCGGCUUACAUUAUUCUGAAGCUUUUGUACGACGGAGGCCUCCGAGACAACAGCGCUCUUCUCAGUUUCUCAUUUGACUUGGUGGAGCUGGCGUCAGAGCAAGCGCAAGGUAUUGCAAACUCACCUGAUGGAACAAUCUGGCUCCUUGCACACCUCGCGCUGGAGGAAAAUGAAUUCGAACACUUUUCAUCGUUGGCCAACAGCCUGUCGGCUUAUUUGGCCACCGAGCAGUUUCAAGGAGUCUGCAUCUCGCACGGAAUGGUUGAAGAGGUCCUCGGUGUUCUUCGUCAUUCCUUCGAAAUCAGCCUCGAUGAAUCAUCGGCUGACGAAGUCUCAGCCAUGGCACAAACCCGGCUCAAGAUCAAUCAAGCACUUGCAGAAGUCUCAGCGGCAUCGUCUUUUGCUGAGAAAUAUCCUCUCAGCUCAAGCAUAGCGCAGACUUUGAAGUCCUGGGUCACAGUCGACGAGGAGCAGCUUCAAAUCUGUGCGUGCGUCAUAAUGGGUAAUAUUGCUCGAUCCGACGAGGUCUGCCAGGUAAUGGUGCGAGAUCUGAAAAUCCACGAACAGCUGAUUGCCGUGCUCCAAAACGGCUCUCGCGGCGCCGUUCUCCAUGCCGCGCUGGGCUUUCUGAAGAAUCUUGCAAUUGCGGGCGACAAUCGGGUGAGUCUGGCAGAGGCCGGGAUUAUUCCGGCCGUCUCCCGUCUGUGGGCGUUCGAUUCUGUUCCCCAAGUUCAGUUUUCCGCUGCGACUAUCGCACGCCAGGUGACCAUUGCCUCGAUGGACAACAUCUCACUCUUGCUUGCUCCUUUAUCGGAGGACCCGGACUCUCCCGCCAGCAAGCGAACAUAUCUCUCCCUCCUACUAUCAUUGUUCGAAAAGACAGACUCCGCACCUAUCAAGACAGAAAUCGGACGAACCGUUGCGUCUAUCUGUCGGACCAUCUCUCCCAAGGCCCGAGAUGGCGACCAGACCGCGAAGCUAUUGCAGGAGAAAUUGUUCUCCUUACACGAGGGCGUGGCUCGGCCAAUCGGGGCAAUGAUUACCCAGACUCAAUGGCCCGUGGUGAGAGGUGAAGGCUGGUUCGCGCUUGCUCUCAUGGCCAACAAUGCAUUGGGCUGUAGGGCCGUAGUCGAUUGUUUGCACAAUGAGGAGGUCGCGGCCCUUUUGAAGUCAACUCUGACAGGAACUGCAACAAUUUCAUCGACUCCCUCGGAAUCCACAGAGACAUCGAACUCUGUGGCCGUGGAUGAAGCUCAGGCGUUGAAAGAUCGCGAUAAUGCAUUCGUGCUUGUGCAAGAACUUCUUAAGAAUGAGGCCGGUGCACUUCCAGCAAGCUAUCGGGAGCUGAUGGAAGAUCUUGCGAAAAGCAGCCAAAUCCGGAAAUGA